AGCGCACAGGAACCCGAGAGAGAGAGAGAGGGAGAGAACAAGAGAAAGCAUGACUGCUUCAUCCAUGGGGAGACAUCCCAGUGCCAAGGAGGAGAGAAAGCUGAGGAAGCCGCUCAUUGAGAGGAAGCGACGGGAGAGGAUCAACAGUUGUCUGGACCAGCUGAAGGACACCGUGGUCGGAGCCUUCAGACUCGACCAAUCCAAACUGGAAAAAGCCGACAUCCUGGAGAUGACAGUGAAGCAUCUGCAAAACAUCCAGAGCAUUAACCGCAACGACCCCUCAUUAGGCCUGGAGGCCCAGCAGAAAUACAGCACGGGGUACAUCCAGUGCAUGCACGAAGUCCACAACAUGCUCCUCGCCUGCAACUGGACGGACAAGACUCUGGGCUCCCGCCUGCUCAACCACCUGCUCAGGUCCCUGCCCAGGUCCGCCGCCGACGAGCGGGGGCCCCCCCGGGCCUCACCCCCCCGCAGGCUUGAUGUCCCUCACCCCGGCUCGCCCCUCGGAGGAGACCCCCAGCUCCAGAGAGAGGGCCCGACCCGCCAGCAGAGGCCGGCGCUCCGCAGCUCCCACCUGGGGACGCUGGAGAUGUGGAGGCCCUGGUGAUCUUUAUUGUUGUUAGGCCAUCCUCUUGUUAUGUAUCUUAUAGAUAUGCGGCUCAGAAGACAAACGUGGGGGCAGUGUUGUUCCAGUUAUUAUCGUAGGUGUGCUAUAGUGACUCUAUGCAGACCUUUACCCAGUACUUCCCUUCAGAAGUCGA